UCCUGCCCGCUGACGACGGCGUACCGACGCGCCCCGACGCCCUCAACAGACGCCGCUCUCGGCGGACGGCCUGCGCACUUUGCAACAGUUACUUCGAAACGGUUCUGGCGGCAGGGAAAGCCCGCUACCACGACGACGGAUUGACGUUCCGGGGGACGAAGUCGGAAUGAAGUGCCGGUGUCCCUAAUACGGAGUAUUUUUUUACCAAGAGCGAGAGAGACAUGGUUCCCGGACUGGUUCUGGCGGCGGUGUUGGUUUUUUUGGAGCGGGAGAUCCACUGCCUGAAGGAUGUGGACUUGAACAUCGAACCCAAGGUAGUGGAAAAGGGAGGCGAGAGCAUCCUGACUUGCAAGUACGACCUGGAGGACGCGCCCCUGUACACCGUGAAGUGGUACAGGGGGCACCACGAGUUCUAUCGCUACACGCCUAAGGAGCACCCCAGUACGAAGAUAUUCGCCUUUGAGGGGAUACACGUAGAUUUAAAGCAAUCCAACGAGCACCAGGUGGUCCUGAGGGAAGUCGGUUUCAAUCUCUCGGGCCAGUUCAGCUGCGAGGUGACCACAGAUAGCCCGCUCUUCACCACCGCCACGGUCUACAAGAAUAUGUUGGUAGUUGUGUUACCAAGCAGUUCCGCCAGGCUCAUAACCGACAGGAACAACUACGACAUCGGAGACAUCCUGAGAGCAAACUGCACUUCUCCGCCCUCUAGGCCACCUGCGACCCUCACCUUCAUUUUGAAUAAUAUUGUGGUUUGCGAGAAGUGCGUCACCAGAAAACAUGCCGCAGGUGAACUAUCCUGGAGCGAAUCCUCUUUGGAAUUGCCCUUGUUCCCCUCUCACUUCAACAACGGCAGGCUGACCCUCAAGUGCGUCGCCAAGAUCGGAGAAUUCUAUGAACAGGACUCGGAGAUAACAUUCGACAACGCCAAAGACCCGAUACCAGCUCGAGUGACCCAGAGCUCGGCGCAGCGGCGGCGCGGCGGGGAGUUCCUCGCAGGGAUCCUCGCCUGGUGUAUCCUGUUGCUGUAAGAUGGAGUGGGGAUUCGUUCGGGGUGGGGUGUUUUGUUCGUUAUUUUUAUACACUUGGACAACUAAAUGAAUGUGAUGAAAAAUUGCUGCAAUUAGUGAUUUAGAUAUAAAUGACAUAUUUUGUAUGGUUUAAUAAAUUAUCAUUGUUUUGUACGUCGAUCGUUCUGAAUAAAGGUUUUGUUUUAGA